CCCUAUAAAAUACCUUUACAUUGAUAUUAAUGAUUAUAUAUUCAAUAUAUGAUUUGACGUACAUACUAUUUCAUAUUCAUACCACUUCUUGCCAUAGCCUUAAAUUUUUCUCUGGUCUUCCCGAUAUAUUUUUAUCGCUCCUUUUGCCAUUAUGACGUGUAUGCGCGCACUUUUGUUGCUAUAGCUUGUAGUCAAUAGAUUUUCCAUUAUAUUUUUUGUACAUGUUCCUGAAGAAGCCCUUUACCGGGCGAAACGUCGAACGAACUGUGUAUAAUACAUAUUUUCUGGAAAUACAACAAGGUCUUAACUGUUUUAAUACCUUCUUUAUACAAUGAUGAUGAUGAUGAUGAUGAUCGACAACAUCCUUGGAUCCGCCCCGGUCGACAAAGAAACUGUCAAAACGCUCAACGCCCUCUCUUCCGAACUACACUGCAAACAUCUAAAGAAACUCCACAACCUCAGGAUACAGAGUCCUUCCACGGACCAACGACGCCCUGUGCACUCCAACUCGUCUAGAGACCUGCACCCUCAUUUCUCUCAGAACCGCCAGUUUCGUAACCCUGAAUCCCUUUCUACAGAUCAUCGUCUAUCUUCUGACCGGUGUGACCUUCCGUUACCUGCAAGCCGAGACGCUCCACUACCACAUGCAGACCCUCAAGUCCCGACGCUGCCUGCACCCAGCUGCCAACCGACUCUCCAAACCAGCCCCGUCACACAAGCCCUAACAAAAGACUCAGAUUCACGAUCGUCCCUUCAGGCUCUUGAUCGACUGACUCCACCAGAAGCUGCCCCCAUGGUCUACUCUACGCCGGACAAUGAUAAUGUACAUGUUCUAUAUUUACCCGUCCAGGCGUGGAAAACCGCGUACGUGUAAUCCCAACAAACACACACAGAGACACUUCAAGUUCGCAAUACUGCUUGAUGUCGAUGACGACAACCAUAUUCACUUCAGAAAAGAUCACUUUAGUAAGCUCUAGUACAUACCGAAUGUGGAAGCGAGCCCGGGCAGAAAUGUCGACACGUUCACUGCAAUGGAGAUGAAGUGAAGAGGGUCAAUGGACAAUGUCUGUUUGAGCUUGGCUAUUGUGUUGGGGUAAACGCACCACCCCUGAUCAUCUCAGCUACCUCAGGUGCUGUUCAAGAUCCAAAGACAGCGAACGUUGAGACUGAGACACCCUUCAACUCCCGAUUUAUCGAGUAUCUUAAGUGCGUGUUCCGUUACAAGUACCCUUCGGCUCAGAUAUCAGAGAUCAUCCCUUUCCCAGGUAGUGAAAGAUUUAUUGAUAGAAAUAAUUUAUACUCUUUUAGGAUAGAAGGUACGUUCCCAUCGACAAGCGAACUUCCGUACGAGGCGUUCCAGGAGGCUGUAGCCUUUUACUUACAGUAUUUGGGGUGGGCAUCCGGAACUUCAAAUUUGCGAAACAUUUUACAUUCGUCAAACCAGGAGAGGUUCAAAACCCAAGAAUCGCCAUCUACCCUGUGGAACAGGUCAGCAGCAGAUGUCGACAAGCCUUCUCAUUCCUGUGAAAACAGUUCCGGCAACUGCUCCGCUAAGGGUGACGUGAACGAAACAAGCAAAUUAUAUGCAACUGAUGACCUUAGGUGCACAGACGAGACCUUCAUUGCUACUAGUAAUACUACAUCCUGUGUGUAUUAUUAUUUUUCGGGAAAGUUACAACUACCUAUACCCCCUAAUGUGAUGAGGCCUUUACGAAGUACCUCAAGAAACUUUACAUUUUGUAUUUCGGGAGAGAGGUCCAAUAUAUACAAAGAGAACGUCGGGUUCCUUGUCAUGCUUGUCCUAUUCGUGGUCAGUGCAUGCCAGCAGUAGGGCUGGACAAUGAGUCGCUUUAGCAAAAUCCGGAUAAUAAUAGGAUAGUGCACCUUUUCGGCAAUGAUAAAUUUUAAUUU